AUGACCUCCAACACCCACCCCACACCCCAAGGAAGUCUCUCCACCCGCAUCUCCCUCCGCUGGCUCCCCGGCCCCGCCUUCGAAAACACCGACACCUUCGUCAUGUCGCUGACAGGCUGGUACGUCGACCUGCGCGUCGACAAAGCAUCCGGCAGGCUCGACUGGGCGAUCGCGGGCCGCCGCAUCGUCGAAAGCACGGACCCAUUACGCGUGCGCUUCACGCAUGAGAUCGACUCGCGCGGUUCCUUCGCGGACGCGGACUGCGGGACCUUCACUGCCCUGGAUGAUGGGGAUGAGUUGGAGGUUGGCAAGAUGGCGCGCGUGGAUCUUCCUGGAUGUCCGGUGAGGGCGUAUGAGGAGGUGUGGCGUGAGUUGCCGUUCCGGAGGGGUCCAGAGGGGGAGGGGAGGGGUGUGUCGUGGGUGCUUGAGGGGUGGGAGGCGAAGGGGGAGGGGGAGGAAGGAGUUGGGAUUCGGACGUUUGUGGCCAGGCUGUGGGGGAGUUAUUUGGUGCUGCGGCAGCGGCAGACACGGGCGCGGUCGAGGGAUGGUCGUGUGGUGGUCACGGAAGGCGGGGAGGUGAGUGCUCGGAGGGAGGAAUGGGGUUUGGCGGGGGGUUGGGAGGUGAAGUAUGCAUUGGGCCCGGAGGUGGAUGGGCUGCCUUCGAUGAGGAGGACACUGGCAGACGACAGGCAGUGGAGUAUGGGCGAAAAAGUGGUGAUCGCGGAUCAGACGUACAUUGUGCGAGCCUACGAGAAGAUCGGCUAA